UGAUAAAAUGAGCGUUCGCUCGUGUCCCAACCUCUUUCCCUUACAUCACACUUUAAAAGACUGCUCGGCGUACGUCGAACGCUCGUAAUCGUGACAGCUUGUUCCGCGCACGUGUCGCACGAUAAAAUUAUAGUUCUCGAUCUACAUGCAGUGACGAUAUUCUCUUCGCAACAGCAUGAAAAUCUGGACGUCAGAGCACAUCUUCGAUCAUCCUUGGGAGACGGUAGCGCAAGCUGCAUGGAGGAAAUAUCCAAAUCCUAUGGUUCCAUCAGUCAUUGGGGCGGAUGUAAUAGAUAGAAAAGUGGUCGAUGGUGUGCUUCACACUCACAGGCUUGUUGUUUCUAGUCACUGGGGUUUUCCCAAAUGGACGCAAGCGUUAAUCGGCUACGCGAACUUGUGUUACGCCAGCGAACGCAGCGAGGUCGACCCAGUGAACAGAGAAAUGGUUCUCAGGACGCAUAACUUGACCUUCGGCAACUACAUCGCUGUGGACGAAGCCGUGAGAUACACGCCCCAUCCGGAGGACCCCGGCAAGACUUUGCUCACGCAGGAGGCGAUUGUCACUGUCCGCGGGGUGCCUUUGACCAACUACAUGGAGGAUCUCUUAACCUCGAAAAUCUCUUUCAACGCGAGCAAAGGCCGGCAAGGCUUGGAGUGGGUGAUCAACAAGCUCGAAUCCGAGAUGAAGGAGUUUGCCUGAAAGGCCACGCCGCCGUCGCGAAACUUGUGAACUGCCGCUAUCAGCACAACACGAACGCACGAAGUGGGGAGCGGCAACUUCUAGAUCGAACGAUUACGCGGAUCAGAAGAACAUUAACGUCCCGGGCUUCGGCAGAAACGAGCGGAUGAUUCGCCGCGGGCCAUGUAGAUCGCCUAAUUGAAUUUUGCGGAACUUGUUACGUGGAGGAACGGACGCACGUAUCCUUUGAGGGAUGAUUGCCUUCGCGACGUGGUGCAGCAACGGGGGUCUCGACCUGCGAGGAUCUCUGCCGAACUGUACGGACGAGAUAACACGACUGAUACAUAGACACGUGAAAACGCGCGUUUAACUUGUAAGUGAGACGGGUACAAUGCACGGCUGGUCCGACGGAUGAACGAGCGAACGAAUGUAGCAGCGACUUGUCUCGCGACACUGCAACCGUACCCCAACCCUUCCACGUACCUUCGUCGGCCGACCGUACGGACUCAGGACGAGCAGGUUGCCGGCCGCCGCCGACGUCGGUACGGCGCACGGGUGGAAUUGUAUAUUUGUGUAUUCGACCGAUUUUCACACGUGGACAUGCUCGGUCACGGUUUACCGGACGAGAUCUCAUGAACAAAUAUACGUGUAUGUGUGU